AUGCCUGUCCCCCACUACGGCGUCUGGGCUUGUAAACCCACUAGGUAUACCGUUGAUGGACCGUACGAUCCCACUCCACACAUCCAGCUCUUUUUCACCGAUGACUCCUCGAGUGAGCGGAGGGCUGCAAUCAAUAUCAAAUCUAAUGGGGCAGAGUCUCGCCUCGUAUUUUGGUCUUCUGAUAACUUCACCCAUUCCAUCAGAGACAGCCUCUCAGACCUGGACCUUGGUUUUUAUCUAAUCCAGGAUUCCCACCAUUAUCGUUACCCACACCAUCAUUUAGAAGACCCUCGUAUACAUGGUGUUGACUUUUAUCGCAUGAACGGCCUUCUGGAUUUCCAAUCGGCACUGGUCUUGCCACACGAUAUUCCGGGCCGUGACAAUGAUAUCCUGGACAAGAUGAGGCCCAUUCUUGAUAAUGCGAUCGACAACUCCGCAACGAUUUAUAUUUUUGGUUCGUCAUUUGGAUCUGGAAUCCAUAAUAUUCACAUGAACCAGGGCAGUCUUCCUCGGUAUGAUAACGGUGUCUACUCAGAUGGAGCUCUGCUGUUCCAGUUCAACGACGGACACUGGGAAGCCGUAUUUCUCGCCUUUGCUUCACAGAAACUCCCAACUGACGAUAAUGGACUGGCAGCACCGGGAAGUAAGAGUCUAUUGCAAAUGCUUCAGCAGGGUAGCCGAUUAUAG